UGAGGCACAGAGCCAGCCAGAUUUGAGAAGCAGGCGACAAGAUGCUGGGGAGCAGCAGGGCUAUGCUGCUGCUGCUGCUGCUCCUGCUGCCACCGCUGCCCUGGACUGCUCAGACCCGGGCUGUGCCUGAGGGCAGUAGCCCUGCCUGGGCUCUGGGCCAGCAGCUCUCACAGAAGCUCUGCACGCUGGCCUGGAGUGCACAUCCUCCAACGGGACAUGUGGACCUACCAAGAGAACAGGGAGAUGACGAGACUACAGAUGACGUCCCCCACAUCCAGUGUGGGGAUGGUUGUGAUCCCCAAGGACUCAGAGACAACAGUCAGUUCUGCUUACAAAGGAUCCACCAGGGCCUGGUUUUUUAUGAGAAGCUGCUGGGCUCAGACAUUUUCACAGGGGAGCCCUCUCUACUCCCUGAUAGCCCAGUGGGCCAGCUUCACGCCUCCCUCCUGGGCCUUAGGCAACUCUUACAGCCUGACGGUCAACACUGGGAGACUGAGCAAACUCCAAACCCCAGUCCUAAUCAGCCAUGGCAACGCCUCCUUCUCCGCUUCAAGAUCCUCCGCAGCCUUCAGGCCUUUGUGGCUGUAGCUGCCAGGGUCUUUGCCCAUGGAGCAGCAACCCUGAGCCCCUAAAGCCAAAAGCUUAAGCAUGGCACCCAGAUCUCCAUGGCUCAGCAGUGCAAAAAUGAAUCAGCCCAGGAACCUGUGAGCCAACAAGUGAAUUAGUCCAUUAAUUCUAAUGGAACUUGCAAAUGUUGAAAAAUUACCAACACUGACUAAUUUAUGAUACUGACCUAGGACAAAGUUGAGUAUUUAUUAACUAGAAAGGGAAAACUUGAGAUUAUUUAUCCUCAUGGCAGCAGUUUGGGGAGGAUUAUUUAUUAUAUUUAUACUGAAUUAUGUACUUUUUUCAAUAAAGACUUAUUUA